UCUCGCGAGACCUAAGCGUUGAGCGCGCUGCAAAAUGUCAGACUGUCUCGCAGCCCUUAGCUGCGGGAUUUUAAAAUGACAUUUGAAACAUUUUGUCCGCGCAUUUUAGUUCCACCCGUCGGAAAAUAUGCAGGGAGUGUCCGAUGUCGGGUCCGCACAGUUCGGGUUUGAGGUUCGACCGAGGGAGUGCAUACCGAGCCAAAUGGUGCGGAGUGGUGCUGUUGAGAGCUAUGGUUAUCAGCUGAACAUGAAAACCGAGCCCCACAUGUUCCACACCAACACUGCGGAGGAGGUUCACUUCCUCAGGUCGCGAGUGCAUGUACUGGAGAGAGAGAAGGCUGAGAUGGCAGCCGAAAACCGGCGUCUCAAAGAUCUGCUCGUCAAGGAGAUACCCCACCUCUUGUCGACCAUGUGGCAGACUUUAACCAGCAGUGCCGGGCAAGCCAAUCACCACCACCAUUCUUCUCCUGCCAUGUCUGGGUCCGGCACCGGUGCACUCCACGGCUACUCGGCCUUGCAGUACAAAGAUCAGAGCUGCAGCCUUCCAUCAUCGCUCUCUGCAGCCAUAAAGGGUGUUCAGCAUGAAAUGAUUAUGGAAACUGGCAGCUUUGGACACAAAAUGGCCGGCUGCCAUAAUGGAGCUGAUGGGGUUAUGUUUGAGCCGACAGCAGAGGUGGACGGAGCUCUGUGCACGGCUGCCAUCGCAGAAGAUGAUCAGAAUCUAUACCUCAGCUCACCGUGUAGCACGUCGGACUCGGCCUCGUCCUGCAACGAGCACAGACCGCUGGCUCAAACUGGCACGCCUAUCCGACAGGUGGAGGUAUGCCCAGGUUCGGGCAUUUUCUGUGCAGAAAACGCUUGGCGCGCCGCCAAUAUGGCACGCUCACCCACAGCAAUGGUGCGAGCUCUGUUGCUAGGGGUUUUUGACAAGGACACGCUUUUAAACAGCAACCUCAGAGGGGGGAGGAGCCGGAGACCGUCGUACACAGAUCACCUCGCCCCCCUGGACCCGGACAAACUGAACGCCAUUUACAAUGCCACGCUGGCACGCUUCCCGUUGGCACGGAAGGGCCAGAUUGGUACCGGGAUCAACUCCAAGCUGUCUGAGAUGCGCUUCAGAUCCAGGAGAGUCAAGCGGGACAGGUCUGUCUGGUUUGGAUGGGAGCGAUAUGACAUUUCUCCACUGACUGCUCUGUAGCGUAGCAUCCGAUGCGAGCAGGGAGUCUCAGGUGGGGGUACCAUUACCCAGCACUGGCACCUCUUUUCUCUUCCCCUGAGUGGUGCAUCAAUCCUGGCUUCCUCAGGGGGCUCCAAGGCCCCUACUGAUAAACCCCCAGUCGCCUCUGGCCGUCAUGACAUGGAGCAGGAGGACUGGAGACAUUCAAUUAUCAUUCAAUUAUCUUCACCGCAAUAUGAAGCAUGACAGGCACCCGGUGAGCGUAGUGUAGAUUGCAUGUCAAUGUCAAAGGAGACAGGUUACACGAGGCUAUUAAAAGCUUUGGUCCACUGAUUAGUGAACCUUCCAAAAACAUGUAGCAUAUGGCACAUAAUGCUAAUGGAAUUUUCAGGUUUGUGAAAAUGGCAAGAUGGGCGUUCUGGGAUAUGUAGGAGAAGCUCAAGAUUUGGGGCACGAAACAAUUCUGGACACAGCUUUGUUGUGCCUCAUGCAUAACUGCUGUUGUUCCCGGACUGGUCAUUUAGCGCAUUAGCUUCUUCUGUUCACCUUGCUACCUUCUAUUGAACCUUGGCUGAUACCUUCAUUGCAGAUGAAAGUCGCACUGAGGACAAGCGGAUCGAUUGGGGCCAGCCAGCAGCAGAAGCCUCACAGACUGUGGUGUCUCUGCUGUGCCUCAUACUUAUGUAUAAAGCAUCAAUUAUAACUAAAAAGUGAUGUGUUAUAAACAGUGGUUCAUCUUAUUCUUGUCACAUGAUGUCCUAUAGAACCACUGUGUCAUAUUUCACAUAAUACAUAAUAGGCCCUCUUCACAAAUUUUAAGUAUGAAUAUUUAACUGUUAAACCAUCCCUGUGUAAAUGUCCUACAUUCUCCUUACAAAGCACUGUAAAUGGUCUUCAUAAACUGGAAGUAAAGUGAUAUCAUUUUGAAAACAUAAUUCCAAAGCAAAAGAAUAUAAGAAUGCACUAGUUUGUACUUGUGAACCUUUAUUAAUGUUCUGUUGUAUUAUGGAUUGAUUCAUAGAAAGUGUUACCACUAUUUUUUCACAAAGUACAAGUUGCUAAAUAUUUCGGAACUGUUGGCAGAUGUAUGUCUGUUCAUUAACCAAGAAAAAACUGGUUUGAUGUACAUAAGAAUACAUAUUUUGAAAUUAUUGUGGCAUGGAUUCAACAUUUAAAAGUGUUACAAAUUAUAAAAUUAAAUAAAAUUUAUGUGUAAUUAUAUUUGAAUGAGGCUUUAAAAUCUCUUUCAAACGCUAUACGUUCCUCUCAUGUAUCAUUGAAAUAAUUGAUUUUGAGUUUGGCAUCUAAUUUGUAAGCAGUGGUCAAACUGGAAACGAUGUCCAUGCAGUAUUUGAAGUCAGUAGAGCAUUCUUGCUUGUUUACCUUUUCUACUUGACAUCAGAUGCACAAUAUUUCUGUCAGAUAGACAAUACAUGAGAUCUGACACAAGCAGUGUGCAUAUGGAUGCUUUUUGAUGACUGGGGUUUUCAUCUAGCAUUUCUGUUCCUUUCCAUGAGUGAAUGAAAAGAGAAAGAUAUGCAGGAGUAAUUGGACCAGACUGUGUGUUCACUAUUGGAGGGCUGUGAUGUAAAUGCCACCAGAAUUAAAGAUUCUAAUAGAUCUCAUAUCUAUGUUCUCUGUUCAUUCUGUGACUCAUUAAUUCAUUAAAGAUUUUGAAGGUUAAAUCUG